UUGUGUACAUACAUAUAAAAUUCAAGUAAGACAGACGAAUUGGAAGACAUCUCAUGCAAUCGAUGUUAAUUGAAAAAUCAACAAAUUGGAUAUAUUUUUGGAGUGAACAAAAUAAAAUAUAGAACUUUUUAAGAUGAAUUUUAAUCAUGUGAAUGCAAAUUUAAGAUCUGAAUACUGUAUUGUAUGUAAUGAUGAAAGUUUUGGCGAUUGGUGCCUCAAUUGUGCAAGUUGUCCCAACAGGCAUGACAUCAGAAUUGUGGCAGGUUUGAAAAUAUUUUCUUUCAUAAUACUGCAGGCUUGGCGUAAGAGGAGAAACGAAUUGAAACAAUUAAAGCAAUCUAUGGAAGAUAUUAAAAAGUCAUGCAUGCGAAGGGAAAAUCAAUUGCGUGUCUAUAGCACUUUAAUGCGAGUGGAACAAAAUCGAAAUGAUGAAUUAACUGUUCAACUUAAAAGAACUCUGGAUAAUUUAAAAAGCAAAACAGCAUUCUGUGAAUCCACUUCAAUGAAGUUGUCCAAUUUUAAGGUGAACAAAGCCAUUUUAGAGCAAGAACUAAAAACUAGAUACGAGGAAUAUGAUGCUCUACAUGAAGUUUUGGUACAAACCAAAACACAACUUUUCCGAUCCAUGAUGGAACAAAGAAAUUUGCAAUCGGAACUUUGCAAGGAACAACGGUCUGUUCAAUCAUUGCAAUGUCACAAAAAUAUGCUCCUAAAACAGAUCUGUGAACUCAAUACGGAACAUCGAAAAGUAGAAGAACAUUUUGUAAAACAAUUGAAAGAUAAAGACUGUGAAGUUAUUGAAGCCAAACAGUUGGUGAGGAAAAGUCAAGAACCAUUAAUUGGUGUUCCAAAAAGUUUUAAUUAUUUAAUUAAUCCAAAGAAAGUUUCUGACAAUAUAGAUAAGAACUUACGAUUGGAACAACAAGAACAUCCCAAUAGUCCUCUAAGUCGUCGUUUAGGCAUGUACUUGUCUCGCUUUUUGGAAUAUCCAAAAUAUACCUUGCAUCGUGUCCACACUUUAACCUACUACCUAUUGCCUGCCAUGCCCCAACCAUUGCCAAAAACAACUACAGUGCCUGAUAGUCAGGCUGCUCUUAGAGCACUAUCAUCAUAUGAAGUGAGGUCUGGUGUUGUUAUGGACUGCUGGACAUCCUUGAAUGAACUCGGCGCAUACAAUGAACUUACAUUGUGCUGGGUACCUGGCCAUGAAGGUCACGCUGGCAAUGAACGCGCUGAUUGUCUUGCCAACAAGGGUGAUAGACGCUCGUUUAUAGGUCCUGAACGUAUUCGUUCUUGGGUUGAAUAG